AGUCGUUUACCGGCAAAAGCCGUUCUCGGUUGAACGAUCAAAACCCCUUCGACGAGAAAAAGCCUGCUUGUUCUGCGUGCGUUGUGUUUUUUUCCCUACUCGCUCUUCUCGAUGAACAACCCUCUGCGGCCGUUUCUCUUUAAUUCCGGUCACUGAGCGGAUCUCCGGCAAUGGCACACUUUUCCGGCAACUCUAAUGACCAAGUAAUUCGACAGAUUGUGGAAAAAUAUCUGAAAUUCGUUUCUGCAAUUUAACGUCUACUGAUGAAAUUAAGACACGGUGACAAACAGGAAAAGAAGAUUGGGAGCUUACCUGCAGAGAUGGCCAGAAAGGGAUAUCAGAAUGGAGAGCUCAAUUCCAGUGAACCUAGUGAGGCCAUUCUGCCGAAACUGCAGCCGAUCUGCAGAAACAGACGAGAGUCAACUAGACCAAGCAAAAUGCUUUGCAGAGAGUUUGGCAUGGAUUCAGAUGGAGUAAAUGGGCCUUUAACAAGCCUAUUAGCCCUUGCAGAAGCUGCUGCUACAACAACGGAUUCUGCAGAUGGUUCUCCGCUGCGAAGUUUUAAUGCGGCUAGCACUUCUUUCGUUCUUGGUUUCAACUCUCAGUUUGACGGUAAUUGGUUCGAAGCCGGCUCCACGACAUCGGACGUUGCAAACCGAGAUACCUCAUUUGGGCCAAACAUAUGGAGCAACAGCAGCUAUGCGCCGGACAUACCUUCAUAUGGAUAUUUUACUCCCCCAAGACCUGCCUGUGAUCGCAGUUCUCCACCAGAAGAAUUGAUAGAUACCUUGUCAAGGAGGAAUAUUCCCUUCCAGUUUGAACCUAUAACACCAGACCAGUCAAACAAAGUGGCAAAUCAAGCUUAUGAUAAGCACAACUUAAAUAUAGAUGAAAGAACAAAUGAGACAAGGGAUAAGCUGGGGAAACAAGUUGCUACCACAAAUGUUGAAGUCCAAGACCUCCACCAUGAUACUAAACAGCAACAGUUGCAGAAAGAUGUGGUGAAUACUGCUGCUUCUACUCAAUUGGAUGAGAAUCACAACUCUGACAAUGGAGGUAACCCUGGCAUUGACCUCAACAGAACACCACAACAGAAACCAAGGAGAAAAAAGCAUAGGCCAAAAGUGGUUAUAGAAGGCCAGGCAAAGAGGACUCCUAAACCAGUAACUCCAAAGCCUGCUAAGGAAAAACCUACAGGUAAGAGGAAAUAUGUCCGGAAGAAUAGACUUGACAAAACCCCAAGCACUCCCACAGAAGAAAUAGCAUGUGGAAGUAUUGAUGCAAAGAACACGCCACAACUAACAAGAUCCUGCAGAAGAAAAUUGACUCUUGACUAUGAAAGCCUAGUCAGAGAAGAAAGAUCUACAUUUAGGUUGCAGUCUGAUACAAAUGCUGAUUGGCAAGCAGAGAACUUAUAUACAAGAGUUGGAUCACAAUCAAAUAUGCAACUUGGCCAACGGAUGGAGGUAACUGUUGACAAGACUCCAACUACACAGACCACUAAGAAGUCUCUUGAAGACUGCAUAUUAAUGCCUGAAGAACAAGCCUUGGGCACACAGACUCCUGAUAAAACAAGCAAACCACAGGAAAAUUUGAAGGGUCACAUCCAAAAUCAACAUAUAAAAGGGAAGUGCCAGAUAGUUUUCUCAGAUGAAACACAUGAUAAACACAGAAUUGAUGCACAAGUAAUGAUGAAAAGUAGCAGCAUAUCAGCAUCGAGUCCAAACUAUUCUAACUGCAGCAGCAGUUUGACCAACACAGAGCAAGGAAGCGGGUUAAAGAGGGGAUAUUCAUGUACAAAUCAUGAGGCAGAACCCAGCCGCACGAACAUGAUUGGAGGUCACUACAAUUCUUUGUGUGGGUACCUGGCAAUGCUUCCAGCAAAUAUAUAUAACAAUAAUAGGACCCCUGGCUUGUGUUUCCCUGCAAUUUACAAGAAGAAGAGAACUGAAAAGGGGCAUUGUUCAACCACAUCAAGGACCUUUUAUAAUGUGACUGCUGAAAAAGAUAGUGUGAGACAAGCAUCAGAAUGGCCUGUGAAUGAUACCUCUGCAGCUCCUUCCACACCUGAAACACAUUUGAGAUUUUCUUCUGCUCGAUUCAGCACUGGUAGCACAUCAAACAAGAAUGCCUCACCUAUAGACAGGCAGGGUAAACUGUUUUUUGACCAAAAAGGAAGGAUAACGAAAAAGAGAUCCAAGUGUCCUACACGGGUACGUAACUUGGCUUCACUCAUUGGAGUAGUAGCGUCAAGAGAAUUGCCACCCUUUCCAGCUGGAGGUACCACAAGGCGUGGUAGAAUGCAAGGGCGUGAAGUUUCGUAUCACCCUUACACGUGCAUGGAAGCCCUGGUUGCAGUCACUCGUGCAACAAUGACAACAAAGAAGCGGAGUGAAAGGAACCCUUUUGCUGGCUCAAUGAUAAUUGAUGCAACUCGGAGGAAAAUUUCCACUAUCGAUGAUAUUGUCGAUCAGUUAAAGAGUCUAGAGAAUAGAGAAAGCAUCCAGGGCAGAGACCAAAAGCACAGUGAAGAGGAAAAGGCACUUGUUCUUUAUCAAAGAGAUGGGACUGUUGUACCUUUUGGAGGUUCGUUUGAUCCUGUCAGGAAACAACGGCAGCGGCCUAAAGUUGACUUGGAUGAAGAGACAAAUAGGGUAUGGGAGCUCCUCCUGGAAAAUAUAAACAGUGAAGGCAUUGAUGGAACUGAUGAAGAAAAAGCAAAAUGGUGGCAAGAAGAACGAAGAGUUUUCAGAGGACGGGCAGAUUCAUUUAUUGCACGCAUGCAUCUUGUCCAAGGAGAUAGACGCUUCUCUCCAUGGAAAGGAUCAGUGGUGGACUCAGUGAUUGGAGUUUUCCUUACUCAAAAUGUCUCAGACCACCUUUCCAGUUCUGCCUUCAUGUCUAUUGCUGCACGCUAUCCCCUUAAGUCAAAUAGAAAUGAUGUACCAUGCUCUGAGGAGACAAACAUAUGGGCCAAAGAACCAGAAAUGUGUAUACUGGAUCCAGAGGAUACCAUCAAAUGGCAUGAAGAGAAGCCAAAUCAAUCAGCCGGCAACAGGAUUUCUUUGACACUCCCUGGUGAUUAUUAUGAUACAGAAAAGGAAGUUGUCAACAGUAAUGAAUUGCUUGGAAGCAACAGUAGUGGAGAAAAUUUAACAGAUUAUUUGACAUGUAAAUCCUCAGAUAUUUCUGGAAAUGAUCCGCAGAUUUACAAUAAAUCAACAGGAAACAGAGUAAUGAUUCACCUGGCAGAAACAGAAGCAAAUUCCAAGGGAUAUAAUGGAGAAAUGGAUGAUGUAGUUUCUUCUUGGUAUUCUACUACUUCCUCUCAAACCUCCAUGGAUUCAUUAAUGACUCAAACUGCGAAAAGAGUGGCAUCCUCCUUGCAGGAAUCACAAGUAGAUUUGGAAACUAGAUCUAACACCAAUAGUCUUACAGGAUCUUCUUUUCUGAAGCUAUUACAAGGAGCAGAAACCCUCCACAGCAUACAUGAAAGGUACAUAGAAGGCACUAAGUGCAACAUACAAAACAAGGAUAGAUCAGAUAAUCAUAAACCUUUAUUAAGGUCCAUGAAUUCCAGCAACUCUUGUUUGCAAACGAACCCUAACUCAGGAGUAGUAGAAGCUGAAUUCUUGGAGAUGUUGGAAAAAGAAGGCCUGUUAUCUGAUAUUUCCAGGAAAAAUGGAGAGAAGGGCACAAGUGAACAAAGUAGGGUAACAGCAGAAUCUGUAAACCAGGCUAUGAUUCAAAAGAACAUGACUGCAAGUUUUCAGGAACCACCAAGAUCUCCUUGUGCAAGCAAUCAUGCAUACAGCAGCCUUCAAGGUGGAGUGAAUAAGAUCUUCCAGUCUCAAAACAGGCCAGGGGGCAAUUCCAAUUGUGGUGUUCCAUCACAGGCUGAAGAGCAUAAUUGUAGAAUGCAGCAAGCUCUUGAAGUCCAAAACAUUUCAAGAGAGAACUCAGAUGUCUCAGAGAGUACCAACGUAAUUACUAACCCAAAACAUGUCGAGCACAAGGAGGUUGAGUCAAUUUUGAAGGAGCGUGGAUUUCUUCGUGGUAAGGCAAUCAAUGAUACAACUUCUGAUAUAUCCAAACUGAAGAGGCCAAGGAUUGGAAAACAGAAACAGCAAACAUGUGACUGGGAUAGCUUAAGAUUGCAAGCACAAGCCAAUGGUAAAAGAAGAGAGAGAACAGCUAACACAAUGGACUCAUUGGAUUGGGAAGCAGUACGCUGUUCAGAUGUUAAUGAGAUCGCUAACACCAUCAAGGAAAGGGGCAUGAAUAACAUGCUAGCAGAGAGAAUCAAGGAUUUCCUGAACCGGCUGGUAAGAGAACAUGGAAGCAUUGAUCUUGAAUGGUUAAGGGAUAUUCCACCUGACCGAGCAAAAGAGUAUCUGCUGAGCAUUAGAGGGUUGGGCUUGAAAAGCGUAGAGUGUGUGCGUCUUUUGACUCUUCACCACCUAGCAUUUCCAGUUGAUACAAAUGUUGGGCGUAUAGCUGUAAGACUAGGAUGGGUACCACUUCAGCCGCUGCCUGAGUCACUUCAGUUGCAUCUUUUAGAACUUUACCCUGUACUGGAAUCAAUUCAGAGAUAUCUGUGGCCACGACUGUGCAAGCUUGACCAAAGAACAUUGUAUGAGCUACAUUACCAGAUGAUUACUUUUGGAAAGGUCUUUUGUACAAAAAGCAAACCUAAUUGCAAUGCAUGUCCAAUGAGAGGAGAAUGUCGACACUUUGCUAGUGCAUUUGCAAGUGCAAGGCUUGCCCUUCCAGGGCCAGAAGAAAAAAGAAUAGUCAGUGUAGCUGAAAAUGAAGCUGCUAAUCAAAAGCCGGUGGAGAUUAUCAAACCAUUGCAGCUAUCUCUACCUCCAGCUAAUCAGCAACUGCAGACACAAUACGAAAUCAAUAAUCACAAGCCUAUUAUUCAACUGCCAGCAACAACACCAGAGCCUAUUAUUGAAGUGCCAGCUACCCCAGAGCUGGAACAACUAGAAGCACCAGAAAUUGACAUUGAGGACACCUUCUGGGAAGACGCAGACAAAAUUCCUACCAUCAAACUCAAUGUAGAAGAGUUCACUCUGAAUUUGCAAAACUACAUGCAACAAAAUAUGGAACUUCAGGAGGGUGAUAUGUCAAAAGCCUUAGUAGCUUUAUCUACUGAAGCUGCUUCAAUCCCUGCACCUAAACUUAAAAACGUCAGCCGGCUAAGAACAGAGCACCAAGUCUACGAGCUCCCCGAUUCACAUCCUCUGCUUGAAGGGCUGGACAAAAGAGAACCAGAUGACCCGUGCUCAUACCUUCUAGCUAUUUGGACACCUGGGGAGACUGCAUAUUCAAUUCUACCACCAGAAAAGAAGUGUAGCUCCCAAGAAUUUGGUAAGCUAUGUGAUGAGAACACAUGUUUUUCAUGCAACAGCACCCGGGAAGCAAAUUCCCUGACUGUUCGGGGGACCCUUCUGGUACCAUGUCGAACAGCUAUGAGAGGUAGUUUUCCACUCAAUGGUACAUAUUUUCAAGUUAAUGAGGUGUUUGCUGACCACGAAUCUAGCAUUAAUCCAAUUGAUGUUCCAAGAGCUUGGAUUUGGAAUUUGGCAAGACGAACAGUGUACUUUGGAACCUCUAUACCAACAAUAUUCAAAGGUCUAUCAACAGAAAGUAUUCAGUACUGCUUUUGGAGAGGUUUUGUUUGCGUUAGGGGAUUUGACCAGAAGACAAGGGCACCUCGUCCUCUCAUGGCAAGGCUACACUUUCCGGCUAGCAAACUAACCAAGACAAAAGGUAAGACUAAUGACAAGCCGCAGGAGUAAAAUAUUGACUCGCAGCUGGUCGGGUCCAAGAUGAAACAUCUGGUUUCAGGAUACUCAUUGAUAUUAUGGGCAAAGGAGAUCUGCUAAUAACGUGUAUUAUCCCAUAUGAGACUGUUGUGCAUGUACAAAUUACCAAAUUAUAAUUAUUUCAACCAUGCUCAAAGUUGAGCAAUCCUUCAAUAAUCAGCAGAGUUAUUCCA